CUGUCAAGUACGGAAGCCGAACAUGAUCAAACGGAUCACCCGGCUUGCCUUGAUUGCAAGGCAUGCAAUCUCUGUCACAUACCAGCUAGCAUAGCAACCAGACAGAUCCACAGAGAUCAAAAGUUUUGUAUUAAGCUUCACAGAUCGCCGUCAUAUUCUAUUUAAUGUUAGUCGUUACAGCGUAACUGCUCUAUUAUCCAUACAAAGAUAGAUCUACCACAGCGGAGUGACCAGGAUGGAGUGGCAGCCAGAUGAACAGGGUCUGCAGCAAGUGCUUCAGCUACUCAAGGACUCCCAGUCCCCAGACACAGCAACACAGAGAGCUGUGCAAGAAAAACUCGAGCAACUCAACCAGUUUCCAGACUUCAACAACUAUCUCAUCUUUGUCCUUACAAGCCUCAAAUCUGAGGAUGAGCCCACUCGCUCUCUGAGCGGUCUGAUACUGAAGAACAAUGUUAAGGCUCACUACCAGAACUUCCCUCCCAAUGUGGCUGAGUUCAUCAAACGAGAAUGCCUCAACAAUAUCGGAGACCCUUCACCGCUCAUCAGAGCUACCAUCGGUAUCCUGAUCACGACCAUAGCCUCUAAAGGAGAGCUGCAGACAUGGCCAGAGCUGUUGCCUCAGCUCUGUAAUCUGCUCAACUCGGACGACUAUAACACCUGCGAGGGUUCUUUUGGCGCAUUGCAAAAGAUAUGCGAGGAUUCCUCAGAGUUGUUGGAUAGCGAUGCUCUGAACAGACCCCUCAACAUCAUGAUCCCCAAAUUCCUACAGUUUUUCAAACAUUGCAGCCCCAAGAUCAGGUCCCAUGCUAUAGCCUGUGUGAACCAGUUCAUCAUUGGUCGAGCUGAGGCUCUGAUGGACAACAUUGACACCUUCAUUGAGAGUCUGUUUGCGCUGGCCGGUGACGAGGACAGUGAAGUGCGGAAGAACGUGUGCAGGGCUCUGGUCAUGCUGCUGGAAGUCCGCAUCGACCGCCUCAUCCCACACAUGCACAGCAUCAUCCAGUACAUGCUGCAGAGGACCCAGGACCCCGAUGAGAACGUGGCUCUGGAGGCCUGUGAGUUCUGGCUGACCCUGGCUGAGCAGCCCAUCUGUAAAGAGGCCCUGUCCGGCCACUUGGUCCAAUUGACCCCUAUCUUGGUGAAUGGGAUGAAAUACUCUGAGAUUGACAUCAUCCUUCUAAAGGGUGAUGUUGAAGAAGACGAGGCAGUGCCCGACAGCGAGCAAGAUAUCAAGCCUCGCUUCCACAAGUCCCGCACUGUCACGCUGCAGCACGAAGGGGGGGAGGGCGAGGAGGGCGAGGACAUCGAUGAGGAUGAUGACGAUGACGAUGAUACACUGUCUGACUGGAACCUACGGAAGUGUUCCGCUGCGGCUCUGGAUGUUCUUGCCAACGUGUUCCGUGAGGAGUUGCUCCCACAUCUCCUGCCGCUGCUCAAAGGACUGCUGUUCCACCCGGACUGGGUCAUCAAGGAGUCUGGCAUCCUCGUGCUGGGAGCUAUCGCUGAGGGCUGUAUGCAAGGCAUGGUCCCGUACCUGCCUGAGCUCAUCCCCCACCUCAUCCAGUGUCUGUGCGACAAGAAGGCCCUGGUCCGCUCCAUCGCCUGCUGGACCCUGAGCCGCUACGCCCACUGGGUGGUCAGCCAGCCCCCUGACUCUCACCUCAAACCCCUCAUGACCGAGCUGCUCAAACGCAUCCUGGAUGGCAACAAGAGGGUACAGGAAGCAGCAUGCAGUGCGUUUGCCACCCUGGAGGAGGAGGCGUGCACAGAGCUGGUUCCUUACCUGAGCUUCAUCCUGGACACGCUGGUUUUUGCUUUUGGGAAGUACCAGCACAAGAACCUGCUCAUCCUCUAUGACGCCAUAGGGACAUUGGCAGACUCUGUGGGACACCAUCUCAACCAAGAAGAGUACAUACAGAAGCUGAUGCCUCCGCUUAUAGCCAAGUGGAACGAGCUGAAGGAUGAAGAUAAAGAUCUCUUCCCUCUGCUCGAGUGUCUGUCGUCCGUUGCCACGGCGCUGCAGAGCGGCUUCCUCCCAUACUGCGAGCCUGUCUACCAGCGCUGCGUCACCCUGGUCCAGAAGACACUGGCUCAGGCCAUGAUGUACAGUCAGCAGCCUGACCAGUACGAAGCUCCGGACAAGGAUUUCAUGAUCGUGGCUCUGGAUCUUUUAAGCGGUUUAGCUGAGGGACUGGGGGGCCACGUGGACACACUUGUGUCCCGCAGUAACAUCAUGACACUGCUUUUCCAGUGCAUGCAGUCCCAGGAUACGAUGCCUGAAGUGAGACAGAGCUCAUUUGCUCUGCUGGGCGACCUGACCAAGGCUUGCUUCCCUCAUGUCAAACCGUGUAUUGCUGAAUUCAUGCCGAUCCUCGGGACAAAUCUCAACCCGGAGUUCAUCUCCGUCUGCAACAAUGCUACCUGGGCCAUAGGAGAGAUCUGCAUGCAGAUGGGCGUGGAGAUGCAGCCAUACAUCGCUAUGGUUCUGAGCCAGCUGGUUGAGAUUAUUAAUCGACCCAACACCCCUAAGACCCUGCUGGAGAACACGGCGAUCACCAUCGGUCGCCUAGGAUACGUGUGUCCUCAGGAGGUCGCGCCCGUGCUGCCGCAGUUCAUCCGACCCUGGUGUACGUCUCUGAGGAACAUCAGAGACAACGAGGAGAAAGACUCUGCCUUCCGCGGGAUCUGCAUGAUGAUCGGUGUGAACCCAGGAGGCGUGGUGCAGGACUUCAUCUUCUUCUGUGACGCAGUGGCCUCCUGGGUGAGCCCUAAAGACGAUUUGAGAGACAUGUUCUAUAAGAUCCUGCAUGGCUUUAAGGAGCAGGUCGGGGAGGAGAACUGGCAGCAGUUCUCAGAGCAGUUCCCCCCCCCUGCUGAAGGAGAGACUGGCAGCGUGCUACGGCGUUUAGAUUCUCUACACCCACCCAAGAGGUGAGCCAGCAGGAGGAGGGUGAAUGGGAAACUCAUCCAUCUGUGUAUUGCACUGCCCUGAUCUGGGGGAGGGAGAGGGACGCUUACGGCCGCUCCCCCUGACGGACGGCCCCCACGCCCUAUGUGUUUGUCCAUAGAGGGAGGGUGGGCGGGUGGGAGGGUGGGAAACCGGGACACCUCUAGAUUAACUAGGCAGGGACCCGACACAGAAAAACUAACCGCUAGGGACAGAAUAGAGAGGGACAGAGAGACGGACAUGUAGGAGAGACGGAGGGAUAGACAAGUUGGGAUAAAGAGGGGAGGCAGCGGAGAGAGAGAGGGAGGGGAAUCAGUAACAUGGCAGGGAAACAGAGUCUCAGAAAAGUCUUCUACCGGGAGGACGGGGACAGUUGAGAUUUUAACUCGAGAGUAACCGAUAGUUUGACCAACAGACCAACACAUACACUUGCAGUACAUGGAACUGACUGUGGGUGGCACUCUAACUUAGACUUUUUUGAGACCUACUACAUGUAGUUAGGGACAGACAGGGGUCUAAACUCUGUUCGCUUUCUAGGUGAUAAUCUUUCCUUUCCGGGGGGGACUAGGCUUCGAUAUGAAUUCCUUCAUCCUUAGUCAUAGAAUUCUACUUAGCUGUAAGAUAAUUCCGCCGUCUAUGUUUCCUGCCGUUCAUUUUGACCAGUGCUGCUUCACAGAGCUAUCCAUCUAUCAGACAUAUUCCUGUCACAUUUUCUACCUGAUCAGAAGAGAGGAAGAAAGAGGGAAGGAGAAAAAAAGUGUCUUGACAGAAACCAUUCCUCUAGGAAAGGAGGAUUAGGGCUAACACAUUUGUUUUCUCACCAGAGGGGAGGAAAGCCUAGACAGAAAUCACAUCCUUAGUCGUCCUCUUUGAGGUUUUGUGUGUGUGUGUGUGUGUGCGCGCGCGUGUGUGUGUGUGUGCAUGUUCAGUUUGUAAAUCCUCACUUUAGCAUUCUGUGUUAAGAGUGUGAAAUAUAUAUUGUUUUUGAUAAGGUACCGAGCUAAAACUUGACUCCCACCGCAAUGUCCUUGGCACCUGUUAACUGUGACCAAGUGUGUUUGUGUUUGUUUGUGUUUGUUUGUGUGUGUAUAUGUGCGUGUGUGUGUGCAAGAGUGUGUGUCUACAUGUUAAUGUCUACAUUCGUAUUGAUAUCCGUUUAAUGCCAUAUUGAUAUCUUAAGUAAAACAGUGAUUGGCAUUGUGAUCUUUAUAAUGUUUUAAAAAUUGUCCAUAUUAUUUUUAUUUUUUUGCUGCUACUGAUAAUUUUUGUUUCUAUAGUGGACUUAAAUUCGCACAAUUAACGCAAAAGAAAAAUUGACUUAAUGCUAUUUUCAGUGACUGUUAAGUUGUUUUUGCACUUUUUUUAUUUUACCUUUUUUGUAUGGACUUUUUUUUAACCUCACCCAUACGAUGUUGUGACCCUAAUGUCAGCGUUUGUCAUACUGUGUUGCACUGUGAAAUUAAGUGUCUUUGACUGGCAAAAAUAUUCCAAUACUAAAUGGCAAAUAAAAACUCUGUGAAACUGGGA